AUGUCGGAGUCAUUUAUGUUAAGUAUGUUCAGUUUAGCCAUGUUUCUUGGUUCAUAUUUAUCUGGACUUGUUCCACUUGCAUUUAAUUUAUCUGAGAACAAAAUGCGUUAUAUUACUGUCCUUGGCGCAGGUCUUCUAGUCGGUACAGCACUUGCUGUUAUCAUUCCUGAAGGUGUUCAUGCUUUAUAUAUGAAUGAAUUAGAAACUACACAUGAAAUACAUUCUGAUCAUAAAAUUGUUCGUCGACAUUUAAAUGAAGUUGCUCAAGAAGUUAAACCAGUAAAGGUAGAAGAUAUACAUGAUCAUUCGAAAAAAUUGACUCCAGGAAGUGAACAUAAACAUACAAAUACAUCUCAUUCAGCAAUUGGUGUAACUUUAAUUCUUGGUUUUGUGUUUAUGUUAAUAGUUGAUAAUUUUAGUUCGAGACUUUUUCAUCAUCAUGGAAGUCAAGUUAUUGAUUCAUCUGGUUCUGUAGUUAUAACUAAACCAAAAGCAACAUGGACGGCUACAUUAGGUCUUGUUGUACAUGCAGCAGCCGAUGGAAUUGCUCUAGGCGCUGCAUCAGCAACAAGUCGAUUUAAUGUUGAAUUAAUCGUAUUUAUGGCUAUAAUGCUUCAUAAAGCUCCAGCUGCUUUUGGUCUUGUUUCAUUUUUAAUGUCGGAUGGUGUUGAUCGUAAACGUAUUCGACGUCAUCUUUUAAUAUUUUCUUUAGCUGCUCCAUUAAUGGCUAUUUUUACUUUUGUUCUUCUAAAAAGUGUAUUUCGUGAAGCAUAUUCAGUUGAUUCAACCGGUAUUGCAAUGUUAUUUAGUGCGGGUACAUUUCUUUUUGUUGCUACUGUACAUGUUUUACCUGAAGUGCAAUCUCAUUAUGAAGAUCGACAAUUUCGUGCCAUAGAACUUCUUAUUCUUAUUAUUGGUUGUUGUUUUCCUAUUAUUCUUUCAAUGGGUCAUAAACAUUGA